GAGUCUCCCAAGGAGUCGGGUCGCCCGACCCCCUUGGGUGAGAACUCGUGGCCCGGCAGCCGGGGCUGGAUUCCUUUCUUCUCUCUCCCUCCUCGGAGCCCCACUGCCAUUUCCAUCGAUUCCCCGCAAAAAGCCCGACUCUGAUCUGUUGGACAUCAAAGCCAGUUGGCACCCGCUUCCUGACAGAAGCCAGAUUUGUUCACUGGGGCUAGACUAUUGACAGCUUGUCCCCAGGCUGGCCCACUCAGUUUCUCAUUUGCAAGGUUCCCUGCAGGGCUGGCUCACCUCUCUUUUCCAAGAGCCUCUACUUCCUUCUGUCCCCUCCCUCCCCAGCAUCCUCUUCACUUCCUUCCCUUGCAGCCCUGGCUCCUUCAAGUGUUUGUCAGUAUGAGCUUGUUUUUCAGCUGGGGUUGGGGGGUGGGGUGGGGUGAUGUGUGGUGAAAAAUAGCAUCAUGCUUGUCCCCCGCUUCUUGCCCUUGCCCCUUCCAGCUUGGCAUCCCUGAGCGUGGUCUCUGCGGCUGGGAGAUCCCACCUUUGGACCGGAGGUCCUGCUGUGUCUCGAGGAGAGUUGUCUCACUGCUCGCUCAGGAAGCGCCAGAAGAGAGCUCGGAAAAAAAGGAAGGCAGAAGCCGAUGCAAUCGCGGAUGUGGGUAAGACCUCGCAGCUGCUUCGGCUCCACAGUCCUCGGCGAUGAAUCCCGAGGAACGCGUCGUGACAUGGCUCAUCUCUUUGGGAGUUUUAAAUUCCCCCAAGAAGACCAUCUGUGAUCCGGAGGAAUUCUUGAAGGUGUCUCUGAAAAAUGGGGUAGUGCUAUGCAAACUGCUAAAUCGGCUUGUUCCCGGAGCCGUGGACAAGUACCACCAGGAGCCCCAAUCGGAAGCUGACUGCCUCAGUAACAUUAAGGACUUCCUUAAAGGAUGUGCAGGUCUUCAGGUAGAGGUCUUUGAUCCUUGUGACCUUUACACCGGCAGCAAUUUCUCCCGAGUGCUGAGUACCCUUUUAGCUGUCAACAAAGCCACUGAAGAUCACCAGGUUUCGGAAAGACCAUGCCAGCCUUUCUCUUCCAUUAGCGCUGUUUCCAGUUCUCAGACUAACCUCCCAGGAGCGGUUUCUAACUCGGCACCAGCACUAAGAAGGCAUUCAAAGGCAGCGGAGAUGACUGAAAAUGGGAAUCACCAGUUGGUGGUGAAGGCGAGAUUCAACUUUAAGCAGACCAACGAAGAUGAGCUGUCGGUCUGCAAAGGUGAUAUCAUUUACGUCACUCGCGUGGAAGAAGGUGGCUGGUGGGAAGGCACGCUCAAUGGGAAAACCGGCUGGUUCCCCAGUAAUUAUGUCAGAGAAAUUAAGCCUAAUGAGAAACCCGGCUCCCCAAAGACGGUAAAAGGACUUGAUACUCUCCAGCUUACCAAGAAUUACUACAAUGUGGUUUUGCAAAACAUCCUGGAAACCGAACAGGACUACGCUAAGGAACUACAGUCGCUUCUUGCAACUUACUUACGUCCACUCCAGGCCAAUGACAAGCUGAGCGCUGUAGAGUUUGCGUCUUUACUGGGCAACUUUGAGGAAGUGUGCACAUUUCAGCAGACCCUGUGCCAGGCCUUGGAGGAGUGUGCAAAACUUCCCGAGAGUCAGCAGAAAGUUGGAGGCUGCCUGAUGUCCCUAAUGCCUCAGUUUAAAUCUCUGUAUCUCACUUAUUGUGCUAAUCAUCCCUCAGCUGUGAACGUUAUAACUCAACACAGUGACAGUCUGGAAAAGUUUAUGGAGAGUCAAGGAGCAAGCAAUCCGGGGAUUCUUCUGUUGACAACAAACCUCAGCAAGCCCUUCAUGCGACUGGAAAAGUACGUGUCUCUCCUCCAAGAGCUGGAGCGCCACAUGGAGGAGUCUCAUCUGGAUCACCAGGACGUUCUGAAAGCGAUUGGAUCAUUCAAGGCUCUGGCGGCUCAGUGUCAGGACCUGAGAAAGAAGAAACAACUGGAAUUGCAGAUUCUUUCCGAAACCAUCCAGGGCUGGGAAGGAGACGAUAUAAAAACCCUGGGCAAUGUCAUCUUUAUGUCGCAAGUAAUGGUACAGUGUGGCAACAAUGAGGAGAAAGAAGAAAGAUAUUUCUUGUUAUUUUCGAGCGUUUUGCUCAUGGUAUCAGCCAGUCCUCGGAUGAGCGGCUUUAUCUACCAGGGAAAACUCCCAAUUGCGGGAAUGAUGCUAACCAGACUGGAUGAAAGCGAAGGCACUGACUACUCAUUUGAAAUAGCAGGCCCCCUGUUCGAGAGGAUGACGGUGUUCUGUCCCAGCAGCCAGGAUCUCCAGGAGUGGCUGGAUCACCUGCACAGACUGCUCAGGGGCACUAGUGCGGGCAGCAUGCUCGUGAAAACCCAGUCGUGGAGCACCCAGUCUGUAAGCACUGGGCUUGGUUCUGCCCCUGGGGAAUCUGAUGAGGUCCAGUCUUCUAGUGCUGUCGGACAACCUCGAGGACCCCUGGAGCCUCCCCCAAUUCAAAAGCCCUGGAGCUUAAGUUGUCUCAGACCCGCACCUCCUCUUAGACCUUCGGCAGCUCUGGGUUACAAAGAGAGGAUGUCUUAUAUCUUAAAGGAUUCCAGCAAGAGCCCCAAAACCAUGAAGAAAUUUCUCCACAAAAGAAAAACCGAGAGAAAAGCAUCGGAGGAGGAAUAUGUCAUUAGGAAAAGUACUGCAGCCCUGGAAGAAGAUGCCCAGAUUCUGAGAGUGAUUGAGGCCUACUGCACCAGUGCCAGUGCAGGCCUUCAGCAAAGCCAUGGCUCAGGUGCCCGCAAGGAUUCCAUCCCACAGGUCCUCCUCCCAGAGGAAGAGAAGAUUAUCGUGGAGGAGACGAGAAGCAACGGGCAGACGGUUAUAGAAGAGAAAAGCCUUGUUGACACUGUUUAUGCACUGAAAGAUGAAGUCAAGGAGUUAAAGCAGGAGAAUAAAAAAAUGAAGCAAUGUCUAGAAGAAGAAUUGAAGUCCAGGAAAGACUUGGAAAAGUUGGUCAGGAGGCUGUUGAAGCAAACAGAUGAGUGUAUGAGGGCAGAUCCGGCUGGCAAGGCCUCCCUGCUGGCUUGAGGCUACCCCAAUCAUGCUGCCGGCACUCACUCAGGUUCGACUUGGGAUCUCCAGGAAAGGAAAAUCAGACCCUUUGACUCACUCCGCUCCUCGCCUUGUCUGCUUUCUGUAUAUUCGGCUGUUUUCUGUUAUAGGGGAAAAAAAAGAAUUUGUAGUGGAAAUAGUCUUCUGUUCAAUAAGGAAAUGAAACCAAUAGGAAUUAUUGCAAUAAGAGGGCUCGGCACAUGGCCCUAGGUUCACGGUUCAUCCUGUUUCUUCUUUGGCUGGACGGGGCACCGGCGCUUGGACGCAGCUCCUCUCGGAGAAGCUGCCAAGUGGUACCCAGUGAGGGAGGCCGGCACGCCCACUGCUUCCUCCCGAGAUAUUUUCUUUGAUUUUGAAGCCCCUCAGUGAUUCACGCAAGAAGCUUUGAAGAGCCCCUAAUAUGUACCAGACUCCAUGCUCGGUGCUGGACAUGCAGAGACAAAAGCAAAACAACUCCCACCCUCGACACAUUUAUGCUCUAAAUACUCUAUACUUUAAAUGACUCUGGGAGGAGUCACCACCACCAAUCGAUACCGACUAUAUAGGAAACCGGCAUGGAGGAAUUGGGGGGUUCUAAUCACUGAGGCGAGUGGGUGAGGAAUCAAGAAAGGCCUCAUGUAGGAAGUGGCGCCUAAUUUACUCAAGUACUACUCUGUUCAUCAACACCCCAUAUAGCCUGUGUGCCCUAUCUACCCCUCCUACCCCCCCAUCAUGUAGACACAUGAGUUUUUUUUCCCUUUAAUUUUCUAACAAGAUAGCGCCGGAGACUCAGUACUCCUUUUGUUGCUUUUGUGUUGUUCUGAUUGCCAUGUCUGAUUUAACUCAGUGGAGCAGGAGCUUUCCCCGUUGCCACAAACACCGAGCCGUGAUGCCGGCAGGCCGUUUCUAGUGUGUGAUGGCAAUGUCGUGGCAACUUCUCUGGCUAGAGCAUCGUAGACGUAGACGUUUUGCAUUUCCCCAGAGUACCCAACAGUUCAUCAUUCUGCUCGAAACACGCUUUUGCUCACUCCCCCUCCCAUAGUCAGACCAUGAGCUCUUCUCGAAGCCGGGUCUUGGACACCAGCCUCUCCUCCCCCGGACUUGGACACCAGCCUCUCCUCCCCGGGGUAGCUCCUAGUCCACCAAGAGAAGAGGCUGGCUUUUUCUGGGGAGAUGUUCAUUCUCCUUGGCCCACUUAUGGGCUGUGGGUCAGAGUGGUCUCUCUGACCCCCUGAAGAGGAGUUCUUGAAAUCUCAUUUGCAGGGAUCUGCCCUCCCCAGAAAGGUUAAUGUUUGCCCGGGGCCUGCCCGGCGCAGAUUGGCCUGCCCAUCCGGCUCCCCUCUCUCCCUCAGUAACUCUGUUGGGAGUCCCAGCGAUCCCGACCCAGCCGUAGCUCAUGGCCGUAGAGUAGUCAGCAGAUCCCCCGGCAUCAUUCAGCACAAUUUAGCAAAGGAUGUGUGGUAGCUGAUUAGAAAGUCCCAAAAGCGGGUGAAGUUUGACCAGCAUGGGACAGAUCCCUUUUGAGGGAUGGAAAAAAAAGGGGCAUUAGAUUGAAAAACAAAACAAAAAUAAACCAAAAAAAAAAAAAGUUGUACUCUAGAUGUAUUUGCCAUGAAUAAUGAUGAGUGUCAGUUUAUGCAAAUGCUGUUUAAAUAAAAAAAAAAAAACAAACCAAACAACCCAAAUUCCAACUUGAAAUGCUUUGCUCCCUGAACUGGCCACCCUCUCCCCCCUGGUACUCGGUGGUCUCUAGCUCCUGCUGCUACACAGUACGGUACGUGGCUUUUUGCUUGCUGGCCCCCAGGGGAAGUACUACUUACUCUCAGGAAGUGGGUCAGCCAAAGGAAUGCUGGGAGCAAGCCACCCACCUCGGUCAUCUGGGGCAGUCUCUCCCUCCCCUUUUGUUCCCACCCGGGGCUGAAGGGCCAGGAGAGACUUUCUGAGAGAGGGACCUUUACCCUCUAAAGGGAACUCAGCUCUCUCAUUUUUCAGAUAAGGAAACUGGGGCCUAGCAAAUUGAAACGAUCUCUCUGAGCCUCAUUUUUUUUGCCCUCCGUAAAAUGAGGGGAUUGAACUAAUUUAGUCUUGGAGGUCUUUUCUCACUCUAGACCUCCGAUGAGCUAUGAUCUUCACAUAUCAAGGAACAUGGCUGUUGUGAGGGCUCAGACAUCAUCCCCAAAUCAAAGGCAGUCCUCUCCAAUUGUCCCCUCUGAAGUCACUGAACGAUGCGAAGAGGAUCAGUAGGAAACUCUUAGUGACAUAAGGAACUCAAACGGAUUAUAGUCACUGUAGGAAAUCAGUCCGUGCUGAAAACCAAUUUUCCAAUGUUGAGCUCUACAGAUGCCUGCUUAAGAGGCCUCUGAGCCCCUGAUGGGAGAAGCACGGUACUUUGGGUAUUGGAACCCAUACCAAGCAUGGCUGUUGCUGUUACGAGCCAAAUAACGAGAGCGAGGAAACGAAGCCAUGUGAAAUCGACAGCACCGCUUCCAUAUUUGUGUUGUUUACAACGGUUUUGUAAAUUCUCUGGUUCCAUCAUCCUCCCGAUCGCCGCCUUACUGUGAAGAGGCGGCUCCGUUCGUCUUCUCCCGGGGUAGCCUAAUUUCCUGUCAUUUCUCUUAUGCAGACCCAGUUUUUCUAACCUGUUUUUAUUUCGAACACUUUUUAAAUUGACAUUUUCAAUCAAUAAAGAAGGACGACAAUGCCUUAUAAAUGAAAA